ACAGAGCGAUUUUCCGAGGGGCCCGGAUCAUCCGAGAUAGCGAAAAACCUAGCGAGAGCCUGUUCUCGAAUCUCGGAUGAUGAUUCGCCCACAGCUGGUUGGUUGGCAGGGCAGCUGAGGGAGGAAGCGGCUGGAGUGUGUUGGCGCGGCUGGCAAGCAACUAGUGAAGCAUUUCGGCCCAGCAGGGUCGCGUCAUGGCAGAUGCCAUCGGCAGCACCACCCCGUAUUUCGGCAUGAGGGUCCUCCCCUACGCUAGCGUCUAACCGCCACUGCAAGGUUGGGUGAUGAAUGAUUGAGAGCAAGCACAGCGAGUCACGAGCCGUCGAAUAAGCGUGAAUGAUUCGCGCCAUGGUCGAACCGCGUUCCGAACGCCAUCGGCAUCGACAUGGAAGCGCGCGGCGCGUGUCGCAAUGCACUGGCCCGAAGUUACGUAGCGCUAGUAACGUGCGAUAGCUUAGUAGCGGCAAGAGCACUUUCGCCUUAGGUGAACUCCAGUGCCCAAAUGACGCCUGCCCUGCCGUCUUAGCUAACCGCGCCAGUCGUGAGCAGCUUGAUUCCCCCCCUCGCACGCCAGUUACCGGCCUCCGUUAACCGCGAGUGGAGCGCGCGGGCGGCAUGAUUCCGUUCCUCAUCUGCCUGCUCUGCCUCACGGGCGGCUGCCUCUGGUGGCUCUUCCGCCGCUGCAUUCACUCCGGCGCCACUGCCAGCAAGGACUGGCCGCCCGCCACCUACGACGAGUUUAAAGACGUCCCUCGGGUGUGCCGCAUCCUGCUGUCCGUGUACGAGGAGGAUAUUAAUAACCCCGUCUACAACGACCGCCUCGAGAUUAAAGACGUCGCGCGGCUCGCGGGGUACAAGGAGACGGAGGGCAAGUGCCCGCCGUACGUUAUUUACGUCGACCACGCCGCCAAGGACAUCUGCCUGGCGGUGCGCGGAUUAAAUAUGGGCAACUUCGCGGACUAUAAGGUGCUAAUGGACAACCGUAUAGGGAAGCAGCGGUUCGACGGCGGGUACGUGCACCACGGCCUCUUAAAAUCCGCGGCGUGGCUGCUGGACCGCGAGAUGGAGACGCUCAACGGGCUCGCGGCCGACAACCCGGACUACACCGUCACGUUUGCUGGCCACUCGCUGGGGAGCGGCAUCGUGGCGAUGAUGACCGUCAUCCUCCAUAAGAACCCCCUCGAAGUGGGCUUUCAUCUCGUGCGCCUCCGCUGCUUCUGCAUCGCGCCCGCGCGGUCCACGUCGCUCAACCUGGCGAUUAAGUACGCUGACAUCAUCAACUCCGUCGUCCUGCAGGACGACUUCCUGCCGCGCACGUCGGCGCCCAUCGACAACAUCCUCGCACUCUCCUUCUGCCUGCCGUGUAUGCUUUGCGUCAAGUGCUGCUGGGACACGUGCGGGCUCUACAAGCGCCGCGUCAAGGACCCCCGCCGCCUGUACGCGCCGGGGCGGCUCUUCCACAUCCUCUACACCAGCGACUUCAGCUGCAAGGAGGAGGAGCCGCAGGUGAAGACAGCCGUGCCGGUGGAGGACCGCUUCGAGAAGGUCGUGCUCUCGCGCACGGCCAUCGACGACCACUCCAUCGUGGUCAUCGAGCGCCGAUCAACGGCUGCGGUGGAGUCCCUGGAGGUGAGAGAGGAGGUGGCGGAGAGCAAGGUGGCGCCCGGGCGGCAGCGCAUGCAGCGGUCGGCGACGAUGAAGGAGCGCAAGGAGGAGUACGCGCGCGCGCUGGAGCGCGCCCUCACGCUGCACGUGCCCGACGCCGCCACGCCCGAGGAGAUCCGCCUGCUGGUGGCUGCCGCCGAGGAGAGGGAGGACGGGGGAAGUGGGGGUGGGUUGCUGGGGUGGAAGGGCGGCGAGAAAAGGGAGAAGGGCGAGCAGGGAGAAGGGAGGGAGAACUCAGAAACGGUGCCCCUUCCAGCAGCAGCAGGGGCAGCAGCAGCAGGGCAAGCUGCAGCAGGGGCAGCAGCAGCAGGGGCAGCAGGGGCAGCAGCAGCAGCAGCAGCAGCAGCAGCAGCAGGGGCGGGUGUUUCUGCUGCGAAGGCGGUAGGCGUUGAGAGAGAGGCAGGGAGGGUUGGAGUAGGAAGUGGAGAAGAGAGGAAAGGGGAGGAGGAGGAAGGGGGGAGUGAGAGGAGUGAGACGCUGUCUGAGUUCUGGCGCAAGGAGCUGGAGGAGUUCCGAGAGAAGGAGAGGCAAGCGCUGCUGGACGAGGAGCGCCACGCGGAGGAGCGGUUGAGGCGCUUCGAGGAGCAGCGCCGGGACGAGCUCAGCCGCCUGGAGGCGGAGGGGCGGGAGGACGGCGGGGAGGAGGCAGACCGGCUGUCGCACUUGUGGGACGGCGAGCUGGCGGCGCUGCGGCGCAAGGAGGAGCAGGCGGCGCUGGAGAGAGAGGCGCAGGCGGCGGAGCGGAUCCGCGCGUUUGAGGAGAGGCGGCGGGCGGAGCGGGAGAGGAGGGCACAGCAGGAGGAGGCGGAGGAGCGGCUGGAGGGGAAGGGGAGGGAGGGAGAGGGGCAUGUGGUGGUGGCGGUGAAAGAGGGGGAUGACGACACUGCCACAACUCCUGCUGCUACACCUCCUGCUGCUACACCUCCUGCUGCUACACCUCCUGCUGCUACAGUUCCUGCUGCUACAGCUCCUGCUGCUUCCGCUGCUGCAGCUGCUGGCACGGCAGGGGAAGUUGUGGUGAGGGUGGAUGAGGGGGCUGGGGGUGGGGCGACAGAGGAAGGAAAGAAACAGGAGAAGCCGGGCAGCGGAGAGACAGAAGGGAAAACGGAGGUGGGAGGGACAGCAGAUAUGGCCAUUCAGGUCGAUGAAGGACCCAUGCUGGAUAAGGCGGCAACAGCCGCAGUGGUAGUGCCAGCAGCAGCAACAGCAGCAACAGUAGCAGCGCCAGCAGCAACAAAAGCAGCAGGAGCAGAAGCAGCAGUAACGUGUGCUGCACCUCAAGGUGCGCGGACAAGCGAGCCGAGCAAGGCAGAGCCCCAGGGGGAGCAGCAGCAAUGGCAGCAGCAGCAGGCACAGCUGGGGCGGGGUUUGAGGGGCGGGUCGGAGGGACAGCGGCAGGCGGUGGCGUCGGCGCGGCAGAAGUGGGAGCGCAUCGUGGACGAGCUCAUCGACACGGGCGAGGGGGACCAGCACACAGGGGCACGGGACGCCGCCGAGGCUCAGCUUCGGGAGGUGCAGAGGUUCAGCAAGCAGCAGUGGCACAAGGCUCGGUCAGCGUUCCUGUCAGGCGUGGGGAGCCUGUCGAAGAAGGCCGGCAUGGGCAUCGAGAUCUAAGUGCAGAGCACUCGUGGCAGUCCAUGCAUGGCUGGCGCCACCGGUAUCCCGUGCUCGUUCCAAUGGACCCCAGGAGUGAUUGCUUUGCUGCAAACCAGCUUUGCAGUCUAGGUAGGUAGGUAGUGAGGCAGGUACUCCAGCGUCGUGCUGUUGUGUGUGUGUUCGCUUCCGCAUGCGUGGCAUGGCAUGCCAUCCCAUGCAUGCCAGUGGUGCUCCUAAGUGCAAGGGUUAUUAUUAUUUCUCUUGAUUCAUUCAGGGCCAGGCUGUCAGGCUACCGAGUUACCAUCUACGGUACAUAAAAAACCAAGACUUCU